AUGGAAAUGAUAAAGUUAUCAAGUUUAAUACCGACAAAAAGACAUAUUACAGCCAUAUGUAAUAUACGAGACUGGCAAGAAUCACAAGCGAAAACUAUACUAUCACCAUCGUUAAAAGAUCCGUAUUUUCAAAAACCAGAACCUUGUCAUUAUAAUCAGGUCACAACAUCAAAAUAUUUCAAUCAACAACAAGUAAAAGCUAUACAAAUUGCUGUAGAUAUGUUUGAUGAUGUGUAUGAGCGUCUUCAUUUAAUUCACGGUCCACCUGGCACAGGUAAGAGUAAGACAAUAGCCGGUAUCGUUGAAAAUUUAUUACCACUUCUAAAUGAAAAUCAAAAGAUUCUCUUAUGUGCGCCAUCAAACAAUGCAUGCAAUGAAUUAUUGAAAAAAAUUCUAGAACACAUUGGUGAUAAAAACAAUUCUGCAGGAAAAGUUAUCCGUGUUGGUUGUCAACCACCAGAAGAUAAACAUCUUUGUGACUAUUAUUUGGACUAUAUGGUAAUAGAAAAAUUGGCUAAUAAACUUAUUAAUCGAGAAAAGUUACAUCGUUCUACAAUUGGAAAAACAAUUCAACAUAAAUUAUUGAGAAAAGCAAAAGUUAUUAUUUCAACAUUAAAUUAUAGUGCAUCAUCUAGAUUAAGAUUAUUGUAUGAAAAUAAAACGAAUGUAUCGUUUUUGAUUGUUGAUGAAGCAUGUCAAGCUUCAGAGGUUGAAGUAUUAAUACCAUUUCGCUAUGGUUGUAGAAAAGUUUUAUUAGUUGGUGAUCCUCAUCAAUUAGCACCAUGUGUAUUAUCAAAGAUGGCCAAAGAGUAUAAAUUGGAUCAAUCGUUGUAUUGUCGUUUGAAUAAAAUAUUUGAACAGUCAUCAGAUUUACCUAAACCGAUUACUAUGUUAAAUGUCCAAUAUCGUAUGGCCGCUGAGAUAGCAUUAUUUCCUAAUAAAUGUUUUUAUGAUAACAAAUUAAUUAAUAGCGACGGUAAUUCUACACAUCAAUAUUCAUUAUUAAAACCAUUAUAUUACUUUGAUAUACAAUCUACAGAACAUAAUUAUGAUUGCUCUAAAUCAGCAUUUAAUGAAAAUGAAGUUGAUAUACUAGCAAACUUUUGUAGUAAACUAAUUUCAUUUCUUUCCCUAUUCAAUACAUCAGAUCCGAAUUUUUCGGUUUCAAUUCAACAACGUAUUGGUAUAAUAACACCCUAUAAAGGUCAAACUAAUUUAUUAAAACAAAGAUUUGAAAGUAAAAAUAUGAAUUAUAUUGACAUUGGUACUGUUGAUUGUUAUCAAGGAAAAGAGAAGGACAUUAUUCUAAUAUCAUGUGUACGUACGAGAAAUAUUGGCUUUUUUAACAAUAAAAAUCGUCUUAAUGUCAUGCUAACACGUGCUAAAUAUGUUCAGUAUAUAUUUGGUCAUUUAACACAUCUGAGUCAAUAUCCUUAUUGGAACGAAAUAUACAAUGACGCAAUACGCAGAGAUUUAACAAAGAAAAUUUACUCAACAAAGGAUACAAUAUUAAAGGAUUCAGUCGAAAUGCUUCAGACUGUUAUUAUGAAAUGA